CACUACUCUCAAAUGUAUUCAUCAUCUGCUUUCUGACAUCGCACUUCCACUCGCACUCGCAGCCAUGACAAGUCACCACCCCGUUAACAUCUUCAUGCUCGGAGCGACCGGCUAUGUCGGCGGAUCAUUCCUCUCCACUCUGUUGGCUUCCCCUGAGCCCCCUCACAAAAUCACAGCUCUCAUAAGAUCCAAUGACAAGCUCAAAAUCUUCGAGAACCUCUCAGAGCACAAGACCAAUUGUAUCGGUGUUCAAGGCUCAUAUGAAGAUCAUCAUCUACUCGAAGAUCUGUCGGCCGAACAUCCUGUAGUCAUUAGCGCCGCUGACGCGGACGACGUGGGGAUGAUCAAGGCCGUCUUGAAGGGCAUGAAGAAACGGCAUGAGAACACUGGCAAGGUCGGGGUGUUGAUACACGUCAGCGGGACGGGUACCAUCAUUGACGAUGCGAGAGGCGAAUACGAGGGAAAAGACAUCUACACGGAUCUACCUGAACCAUCUUCAGCUCACCCAGAUACCAAGACAAUUCAAAGUCUACCUGACGAUGCGUUUCAUCGACCUGUCGACCUUUUAGUCGAAGAAGCAGACAAGGAAGGAUACUGUCGUACCUAUAUCAUCCUCCCCGGAACGAUCUGGGGAGAUCCCGAUAACAUGGUGGCAUUCGAAAAGGGUCUCAGUAACCCUCACAGCCAACAGAUACCGGGCGCAGCGGCAUUCGGCAUUGAUAGAGGUCAAGCGGGAGUGACAGGAAAAGGCCUCAACCGAUGGGUACACGUCCAUAUCCUCGAAGUAGCAUCUCUUUUCGAAAAGCUCUAUCCACUCGCUUUGGCAGACAAAGCGCCUCACGGAGCGCCCACCAACUCAGGAUACUACUUCGCAACGUCUGGGGAGUACUCCAUUGGAGAAGCUAUGAAGCUGAUCGGGGAGGAGAUGUUCAAGCAAGGGUGGGCAAGCACUGCUGAAGUCAAACCGUUCUCUGUGGAGGAGUUGGAGAAGAGGUAUGGUAAGGACGGCUGGAGAUACCCUGGUUCCAAUAGUCGCUGCUUUGCGGAGAACUCUGAAAAGAUCUUGGGCUGGAAAGGCGUCAGGGGGGUCGGAGAAAAGUCUGGAGAAUGGGAUGAGUACGUACGCAGUGAGACGAGAAGGAAAGGUCAAGAAGCGAAAGAGAAGAAGUCACAGCAGUAGGACAGCACAUUGAAGGACCCAACAAGCUCCUUGGCGAUCUCACGAGCCUCCCAGCGUGAGCACCUACAU